AUGGCUGCUCCUCAUCCUAAUCAGGUCGCCUUCAGGGAGGGUGUUCAAUAUUUGUUCCACUCCUGGACUGCCCUCAAGCUGGCUGUCGACGGCGAGUGGGGCGGACACGACUCUGCCGCCAAGCGGGACUGGUUCGUCGAUACCAUCGUUGACUACUUUGGCGAGCAAGGAACAAAGGUGGAUACAUUCGAUUUGGAAGACAUCCUGCUCCAGGUCAUGAACGACGAAUUCUCAAUCAUGCUCGAGGACAAGUCAGAACAACACAUCUCCAAGGUCCUUGAACAGCUCUUCCUGGAUUGUACUCAUGGGAGAUACGACCUUGUUCAAACGCUCAAGCAGGAUUCUCAAAAGAUCAGCGGAGCUUUCAAGAGUUCUAAGGCUCAGAAGGGUGACGAUGAUGAUAGCAGUGAUGAUGAUGAAGAGGAGGAGGAGGGUGAGGGCGGAGAGGAUAUGGAUGUGGAGAUGGGAGAGGCACCAGAGCCGGUGAAGAAGGAGAAGGCAGAGCCGAUUAUUGACGAGGAUGGGUUUGAGACUGUCGUCAAGAAGGGUCGCAGGAGGUAG